AGAUUAGCUACACACCCCACCCGGCCACCGUCCACAGGGCGGGCCCGCCCAACCCUAGUCAGCGUCCGGAAGAGCCACGCCCUCGGCUUCUUGCGCUCCCUUCGUCCCACUUCCGCCCUCCAGGCCCCGCCCCGCCUCAAUGCGCCUGCGCACGGACGAACACGUGGCUGCCGGGGAGCGAGAGCGGCAAUGGCGGCGGGCGGUAGAGGUAGCGGCGACCCCCUGUCCCCGGCGGGGGUUCCCUGCGCCUUCUCCCCGCAGAGCCAGGCCUACUUCGCUCUGGCCUCUACAGACGGUCACUUGCGAGUGUGGGAGACAGCCAGCAACCGGCUGCACCAGGAAUACGUGCCUUCCGCGCACCUCAGCGGUACCUGCACCUGCCUGGCCUGGGCGCCAGUGCGGUUACAGGCCAAGGAAAGUCAUCAGAGGAAAAAAAGGAAAUCAGAAGCUUUAGGGACGGGUGACCAGACUGACUUAUUGGCUCUUGGUACAGCAGUUGGUAGCAUUUUAUUAUACAGCACAGUCAAAGGAGAAUUACACAGUAAAUUAAUAAGUGGUGGACAUGACAACAAAGUCAAUUGCAUACAAUGGCAUCAAGACAAUGGCUGUUUGUAUAGUUGUUCAGAUGAUAAACAUAUUGUGGAAUGGAAUACACAGACGUGCAAAGUGAAGUGCAAAUGGAAAGGUGACAACAGCAGUGUCAGUUCCUUGUGUAUCAGCCCAAAUGGAAAGAUGUUGCUUUCAGCUGGUCGAACAAUCAAACUAUGGGUUUUGGAGACCAAAGAAGUCUACAGACACUUCACAGGACAUGCGACGCCGGUUUCAUCACUGAUGUUCACUACCAUCAGACCUCCUAAUGAGAGCCAGCCUUUUGAUGGAAUUACAGGUCUUUAUUUCUUAUCUGGAGCAGUACAUGACCGGUUACUUAAUGUCUGGCAGGUCCGGUCAGAAAACAGAGAGAAGAAUGCGGUGAUGUCUUUCACAGUUACAGAUGAACCUAUCUAUAUUGACCUGGCUUUGUCAGAAAACAAAGAAGAGCCUGUUAAGUUAGCUGUUGUUUGCAGAGAUGGUCAACUUCAUCUUUUUGAACAUAUAUUAAAUGGAUACUGUAAAAAACCUUUGACUUCAAACUGCACAAUUCAGAUAGCAACACCUGGGAAAGGCAAGAAAAAUACACCAAAACCCAUCCCUAUUCUAGCAGCUGGGUUUUGCUCAGACAAAAUGUCAUUGUUGCUUGUAUAUGGCAGUUGGUUUCAACCCACCAUUGAGCGAGUGGCUUUAAACUCCAAAGAACCUCAUAUGUGUUUAGUAAGAGAUAUUUCAAACUGCUGGACUCCGAAAAUAGAAACUGCUGUAACCAAGGUGAGAAUACCAGUGAUGAAUUCUGAAGCAAAAAUUCUGGUGCCUGGGAUUCCUGGUCAUCGUGCAGCUAUUAAGCCUGCCCUUCCACAGACCGAGGAAUUAGAGAGCAAGAGGAAAUUAGGGGAGAAUGAGGUCAGCAUUGAAGAACGCCUGGGAGCAAUGGAUUUAGACACAAAAAAAGAAAAAGCUGACCGUCCACAGACAAUUAGCUUUCCAGUUCUUCUCACACAGGGUUUAGAAAGUAAUGAUUCUGAAAUGCUAAAUAAAGUACUUCAAACUAGGAAUUUAAACCUAAUAAAGAAGACUGUUUUAAGGAUGCCCCUGCAUGCUGUUAUCCCAUUGUUGCAAGAGCUCACAAAGAGGUUGCAAGGACAUCCUAAUAGUGCUGUGAUAAUGGUUCAGUGGCUAAAAUGUGUGUUAACGGUCCAUGCAUCAUACUUAUCCACAUUGCCUGACCUAGUACCCCAGCUGGGGACACUCUACCAGUUAAUGGAAAGCAGAGUGAAAACUUUUCAGAAACUCUCUCACCUUCAUGGAAAGCUCAUCCUUCUGCUCACACAAGUUACAGCAUCAGAAAAACCAAAGGGAACAGCUUGUCCUGAACAGAAGGCAAAAUUGGUGUAUGAAGAAGAAUCUUCUGAAGAGGAGUCUGAUGAUGAAAUAGCAGAAAAGGAUUCUGAUGACAAUUGGGAGGAGGAGGAGGAGAUUGAGAGAGAUGAGGAUGUUGGUGAAGAGAAUGAAGAGGAAGAAGAAGAUGCUGAAGAAAAGGAUGAAAAUGGUGAGGACAGAGACGUGGCAAGUGAAAAAGAAUUAAAUGGAGAUUCUGAUUUAGAUCCUGAAAAUGAAAGUGAAGAAGAAUGAAGACAGAAAAAUAGCCAAUUGAACUGAAUGAACUCUGGCUCACCUUUCCCAGUGCUGCCGUGCUCUCUGGGGAGGGUUGGCUAACCGUCGCCAAGGACCGCUGCACAUUUCCAGAUUUGUGGCUGUGGUUCCCGUGCCACCUGCUGUCCCAACUACCCAGACAUCACUGUGUAAAUAAGAGUGUUUCAUGCAAUUGUUAAUAAAACUUUACACAGUAAAUAGAACACAUUUUCUGCAAUGUACUGACAUGAGUGUCCGAUAUAUGGUCUAUUUUUAUAGUGUAAUAUCUUAGUAUGGUUGGUUAUAUCAAGAAUUGACUGAAGUGAAGAUAAAGAAACGCCCUGUAGGGGUUCAAGAACUGGAGUGUUGGGAAGGCGUAGCUCUUCCCUCAGGUUGGUAUCUUUCAUUAAAUCCAGACAUGAAGCAGCACUGGUGAAAAAGUUUUAAUUUGGUCUAUUUUCAUAAAAUUUGAGGAAAUAAGUAAAAAUUGGAGUAAAUGAUUUAAUAAAACCACACUGUCCCUAGCUAGUCUAUUAACUGUUGUAAUCUGACUUGAGUCAGAUUGUAUGUUUGGAGUGCUUCCCAGAAAGAACCACUUACUUUUUAAACUGUCAUGUAAAAUAUUUUUUUAAAACAAAAAUUAUGGGAAUUAAAAGAAUCUAUAAAGAGUUAGCCAUAUUAAGGAUUUUCCUGAUGGCAAAUUGCUGAUACAGAAUCAUCAGUGUAUGGAUUUACAAGUGCACAUUACCUACGACUUAAAAUUCUGUUAGAGCUGCUUUUGAAGAGGUUUUCAUUUUUAUUUAAAUUACUAGUGGAUCAAAGAACUAUUCUUUAUUUUUUCUCUUUGGUUUUAGAUAUUAAUGAUAACCUUGUUGGAAUUUUUUUCCAAAGAAAAUAUUUUUAUAAUUCAGUCAUUUAAUGUUUUCCUUCCUUUUCAUUACCCAAUCUUGGCAGUGUUAAGGUAUCUGUUUAUCUUUAAAGUAAUAAAUCUGAUUCAAGAUUUUUUAAUGUAUGUAUAAAACAAGUACUUUGGUGUGCUAUAAAAGCCUUUUCAAAUUAAUCAGUAAUAUUUUUUCUUUAAGAAGGAGCCAGUAUUUGUUUAAUAUGCUCACUAGGGGCCAUGUAGAUGGUAGUAAAAGUUUAAGGAAGGGCUGGGCAGAUGGAUCCCCCUCGCUCCACCUGUGAAUAUGUAAAACACAAAACCAUUAUAUCUUCGGGGCUUUUUAACCGCAGUGUCAGAACAGAGGUUUCUGUGCUCAACUAAUUGAGCUGGAGCCAUAUAAGUAUCUUUUGGGACAGCAAGUUUGAGCCAACUACUGGUAUAAUGUACAGUUAUAUUUGUCUAUAAAUGGAGCUGUUUAUGGCAAUUUAAUACCAUUCUCUUUGUAAAGUGAAUAAAUAUUCAUCCUUA